AUGAAUUUACUUAACACAGUAGGAAGCAGGGAUUUCGGACAGGCAUGUGUUUUGGAAAUACAGUGUAGCAAUUGUGGUGCAAUAAAUAAUGUGGCUACUGGACGGAAACAUGACAGAGUUUAUGACAUGAACACAAAGCUUGCAUUGGGCAUUCAAAGGACAGUGCAAAAAGUACGAGCGGGACCAACAUACAGUUCAAACAUAGAGGACCAAGAUGUUGAAGUUACAACUUUACCCCCACCUGUACCCAAGCCUGGUCCAGCAGGGCUAGACACUACUGGGAAGGAAUUUGUUUUCUUUGAUUUGGAAACAAGAGGGUUAGAGCGUACUUCUCACAUAAUUCAGAUAGCUGCAGUGCAUUCAACUGGUCAGUUUUCAACAUAUGUGAUGCCUGAGAAGAAGAUGUCCUUGAAAGCGUCAGAAAUAAGUGGAGUGACAGUUGUUGGCGACUCUAUGCUUGUCAAGGGACAAACAGUUACAGCUGUCCCCAUCAAAUCUGCAUUGACAAGUCUUAUAACAUUCUUACAGAUAUUAUCACCAGUUAUUUUAGUUGGGCAUAAUAUAGAGUGUAUUUGA